GUUUGUGGCAGUACGAUCUGGUCGAGCUGGUGAGGUUGGCGGUAUUUAAUGGUGGUGGGUGUUGUGGGUGAAUGGUUGGGGAUUCAGCUCUGGGUUGCUCUUGGUUCUCUGAGCAUUUCUUAGGGAGGGAGAGGGUGAUGAUGACUUGUAUGGGACUUAAGCAGCUGUUGUAAAGUUUCAGGGGAAGCCUGGCUGUCGUGGGUCUGCGUGAAUUCGUUCAGAAGCUAGAUUAAGGACUGUUUGGUUUUUUUUUAGAUCGAAUUAUGUCAGGACGUGGAAAAGGUGGUAAGGCGAAGUCUUCUGGGAAGGCUAAAAGCCGUUCGUCGCGUGCUGGUUUGCAAUUCCCGGUAGGACGAAUUCACCGCCUGUUACGUAAGGGGAAUUACGCGGAACGUGUUGGCGCUGGUGCUCCGGUUUAUCUGGCUGCUGUGUUGGAGUAUUUGGCGGCGGAAGUGUUGGAAUUGGCGGGGAAUGCGGCGCGUGAUAAUAAGAAGACGCGAAUCAAUCCAAGACAUUUGCAACUGGCUGUGCGUAAUGAUGAGGAAUUGAACAAGUUGCUCGCUGGUGUAACGAUUGCGCAAGGUGGUGUAUUGCCGAACAUCCAAGCGGUUCUGCUACCGAAGAAAACCGCUGAGAAAGUUUAAGAGUUCAAAGAAAUGCUGUUCUCCCGUAAUAAUGGGCUAUUAUUGAUCAUAUUUCUGCCCUUUUUCCUGGUGGUGUAGAGAGGAGUUGGUGCAAUUAGUUUGUCCCUGAAUAAUGCGUAAAGGUUUUACUCUAUUUAUGAGGUAAAGCUGUAGUCAUAAUGGUUAUCAAUUACACAAGCAGUCAUUUGUGCUUUUAUCUUCUACCUCUUAUCACUCUCAAACCCUAUGCAAUUUAUUGUUCGAUAUCAUUGUCAAUGUCUGUAUAUACUCGUAUAAUAUAUUAUGGGAAACUUCCGCACAGAUUUGAUCUCGUGUAUCAUUCAGCGUUUACAUUAAUAAAUACAUUUUAUAUACAUUGACGG